AUGCAACGACUCAUCAAUUUUCAAAAUGAUUAUAAUCUUAUUGUUCUGGAUAUAGGAUAUUCUUCAAAUCAAGUACAAUUAGCAACCUGUUAUUCUCCACCAAAUGAGAAUCUACCACUGAAUCUUUUUAAUGAUAUACUACGUCGUAAUUCAAAUACUAUCUUACUUGGUGAUUUAAAUGCUAAGCAUGAGUCGUGGUCCAAUACAACAGGGAAUCAAAAAGGAGGUCUUUUAUUUGAGUGGUUAAAUGAAAAUUAUUUUCAAGUUAUUAAUAAAUUUGUUCCUACUUCAACACGAUCAAAUGCAGUUAUUGACCUUAUAUUAGCACCUAUGAACAUUUAUUUUUGGUUCUUUUUCUGUAUUUCCACCUAUUAG